AUAAAAACAAUUUGUAUAUACAAUCUUCAUUCCUUGAGUGGAUCUUAAACUAGUCUGGUCAUAAAAUAAAAGCUCAUCCUCUUUUUUUCUCUCCCUCUCUCUCAUAUAAAGCGAGAAGCCCAAUACUUCACUGAGCCUCGCCUUUCUGAUUGAUAUUUUCCAAAGCCAACACCUCAGAUACAGCCAAAACACAACGGCUCUCUGAAGCAGAACAGAGCAAAAGAUGGUACGGUGGUGAAGACGGUCUCCGAGAAAAAAAAAAGCAGACUUGAUCCUCCUCUCCAAGCUUUUGACGAUGACUCACCAUGACAGCUAAAGAUGUGGAUAAGAUUUACUUUUCUCAUCUAGAUCCUUCUAUGAGCUUGUAUAAAAAAAACACAGUGUGUAAUCGUUGAGUGUUAGUAAAAUCAUAUCCUUAAGAAAAAGCUUUUGUCUUUUUCAUCUCAGACAUUCACAAACACAAUCAAGAACCCUAAUAUACAAAAGAACGGUCACAAUCAGAGAUGGAGGGAGAAACCGAAGCGAAGACAGCGGCAGCGAGUUCGUCACCAAGCCGCUACGAGAGACAGAAGAGACGAGACUGGAACGUUUUCCUCCAGUCUAAGAACCACAAGCCACCUCUAAGCCUGUCUCGUUGCAGUGGCGCACACGUCAUCGAGUUCCUCAAGUACCUCGACAAGUCAGGUAAGACCAAAAUCCACGUGGCGGCUUGUCCCUUCUUCGGAGUACCGAGCCCAGUGUACCCACCGUCUCGGUGCACUUGCCCUCUCAGGCAGGCUUGGGGAAGCCUCGACGCUCUCGUCGGCCGUCUAAGGGCUGCGUUCGAGGAAAUCGGCGGUGGUCUUCGAGAGUCCAACCCUUUGGCUGCCAAAGCGAUUAGGAUCUAUCUUCAGGAAGUACGUGAAGCUCAGGCUAAGGCUAGAGGGAUUCCGCACGGGAAGAAGAAACCGAAACGGUCUCAGAGAGCUCAGGCAACUACAAAAGCCGAUGGUGGAGAAGGUAUUGGUGGUGGCGGUGGAAGUGGUGGUUCUGCUUUGGUUGUUUCUGCAACUGUGGUAUAGUCUAAGUACCACAUGCUAAAUUUAACUAAAUAAUUUGUGUAUUCGUCUUAUUUGAGUUUUAAAAUGCAAUUAUAAAUGGAAAAGACGAUAAUGUUUCGAAAAAAAAAACGAUCAGAGA